GACGGCAGCUGCUGCUGGUCCGGGCACACGUCUCUCACUUCUCAGAGAGAACCGGCUCACCAGCCCCCUCUGCCGGACCCACAGCAGAACCACAGAAUGAACCGAACUCGUGCUGUCUUCCUGCGAGCGCGUUGUCUGAUUCGGAGUAAAACGGAACCGCAUUACGAAACAGACACAGCCUUAUAAGGAUGGACCUGUCCUGUCCCCACCCCAGUAGCCCGGGGGACGCUGCAGAGGCUGGAGCGAGCUCGGAGGCUACGGGGAAGCACACGCUGGUCUCCAAACGGAGGGGACAGCACAGAGUAAUCCAGUGAGAUACUGACUAUUGGGAUUGAACACCUUUCCGGUUCCAGGUGCGAUGAGUACCUCCGAAGGCACUGAACAGCUUGAAGGGCCGGGGAGCGGCAGCCAAUCCACUGGGGAAUCCGAACUGAGGAUCAUCCUCGUCGGUAAGAGUGGAGGAGGGAAAAGUGCAAUAGGAAACACCAUCCUUGGGGAAGAGAAGGAGGAGAAGUUGGAGUCCGUACUGGAGGAAACGGCUGUUACUCAGACAUGGUGUGAAGGCAGCAGGACCUGGAAUGGAAGGAAGGUUGUGGUUAUCAACACGCCUGCUUUUUUUGACACCGAGCACUCUGAUGAACAAACCACCCAUGAGACCAGUCGCUGUAUGGAGCUCUCCUCCCCAGGCCCCCACGCUCUGGUGCUGGUUACCCAGCUGGGCCAUUUCACGGAGGAAGACCAGCACGCCGUGAGGAGAGUACAAGAGAUUUUUGGCCCCGAGGCCAUGAAGUACACAAUCGUCUUAUUCACCCACAGAGAAGACUUACGGAGUGGAUCCCUGGAGGAGUAUAUCUCCCACUCGGAUAACAAACAGCUUAAGGAGCUGAUCGAACAGUGUCAGGGCCGAUACUGCGCUUUCAACAAUAAAGCUACACGGGAUGAACGGGCUGCCCAGGCUGAGGAGCUGAUGACUAAGAUUGCUCGUAUGGUGGAGGAGGAGCAUAAAGACCAUCUGGUGUGUAAAGCACCUGAGAAGUUUCGAAAAGAAGGUGAGACAGGUGAAAGUAAAAAUAAGAUGGGCGAAGUGGAAGAUGAUACGAAAGCGGAUAUACAGGGAGGAAUUCAAGGGGAAGAGGACUCAUCCAUGGAAAAAGAGAAAUCCCAGAGGAAAAAAGCAAAACUGCAGACAGGAGUAAACAAGGGGCCGGGGAGCGGCAGCCAAUCCACUGGGGAAUCGGAACUGAGGAUCAUCCUCGUCGGUAAGAGUGGAGGAGGGAAAAGUGCAAUAGGAAACACCAUCCUUGGAGAAGAGAAGGAGGAGAAGUUGGAGUCCGUACUGGAGGAAACGGCUGUUACUCAGACAUGGUGUGAAGGCAGCAGGACCUGGAAUGGAAGGAAGGUUGUGGUUAUCAACACGCCUGCUUUUUUUGACACCGAGCACUCUGAUGAACAAACCACCCAUGAGACCAGUCGCUGUAUGGAGCUCUCCUCCCCAGGCCCCCACGCUCUGGUGCUGGUUACCCAGCUGAGCCAUUUCACGGAGGAAGACCAGCACGCCGUGAGGAGAGUACAAGAGAUUUUUGGCCCCGAGGCCAUGAAGUACACAAUCGUCUUAUUCACCCACAGAGAAGACUUACCGAGUGGAUCUCUGGAGGAGUAUAUCUCCCACUCGGAUAACAAACAGCUUAAGGAGCUGAUCGAACAGUGUCAGGGCCGAUACUGCGCUUUCAACAAUAAAGCUACACGGGAUGAACGGGCUGCCCAGGCUGAGAAGCUGAUGACUAAGAUUGCUCGUAUGGUGGAGGAGGAGCAUAAAGACCAUCUGGUGUGUAAAGCACCUGAGAAGUUUCGAAAAGAAGGUGAGACAGGUGAAAGUAAAAAUAAGAUGGGCGAAGUGGAAGAUGAUAUGAAAAUGGAUAUACAGGGAGGAAUUCAAGGGGAAGAGGACUCAUCCAUGGAAAAAGAGAAAUCCCAGAGGAAAAAAGCAAAACUGCAGAAAGGAUUAAACGAGGGGCCGGGGAGCGGCAGCCGAUCCACUGGGGAAUCCGAACUGAGGAUCAUCCUCGUCGGUAAGAGUGGAGGAGGGAAAAGUGCAACAGGAAACACCAUCCUUGGGGAGGAGAAGUUUACGUCUGUACUGGAGGCAACGCCCGUUACUCAGAAAUGUUGUAAAGACAGCAGGACCUGGAAUGGAAGGCAGGUUGUGGUUAUCGACACGCCUGCUAUUUUUGACACCAAGCACUCUGAUGAAGAAACCACCCAUGAGAUCUGUCACUGUGUCGCGCUCUCCUCCCCAGGCCCCCACGCUCUGGUGCUGGUGACCCAGCUGGGCCGUUUCACGGAGGAAGUCCAGCACACCGUGAGGAGAGUACAAGAGAUUUUUGGCCCCGAGGCCAUGAAGUACACAAUCGUCUUAUUCACCCGACGAGAAGACUUACGGAGUGGAACCCUGGAGGAGUAUAUCUCCCACCCGGAUAACAAACAGCUUCAGGAGCUGAUCGAACAAUGUCAGGGCCGAUACUGGGGUUUCAACAAUAAAGCUCCAUUGGCGGAACGGACUGCCCAGGCUGAGAAGCUGAUGACUAAGAUUGCUCGUAUGGUGGAGGAGGAGCAUAAAGACCAACCAUUCUACACUAAUGAGGUGUAUGAAAAGGCUGAGAAGCUUCAGAAGGCAAAAGACAUGUUGUGUAAGAAAGGUGAAAGACCAUGUCAGUGUGAAAAAGGGGAGGAUGAGCUGAGAGAAUUGAUAGAAAUACAGAAAUCUUAUGAGAAAAAACAAAAAUCCAAGGUUGAUACAAAAAACCCUAAUUCCUGGGGUUUCUCUUUCUCAUUUCCAGGUUUCCGAGUGCCAAAAUGUCUGCGGUUCAGAAAUGAUGGUAACUGAGCUACAUCUAUUUUCUGGUUCUCGUGUGGUUUUACCAGGCUUUGUAGAGGCUCAGGAAUUAGAGAUGGAGGGAAAAGAACUUUUAACUCUUCUUAAGUAAAAUUUUCAAAGCGGCUCAGGGUGUGUCUACACGGCAUUUUGGAGUGCGCGGGAGCACGUCUCUCAGCCCAGGUUGAUAAAAGCCCACCCAAACCCUCAGGCUUCGGUAUCCAAGCUUCAGCUCGAGCUGAAACUUCCCAGAGCUGUCUCUAAAGCUGUUUUUAGAGCACUAGUGUGAGACCUGCUAGCCCAGGCUGGGAUGCUUGCUCCAAAAUGCUGUGCAGACGUACUCCACGUGACUUCAGAGCCUAUGUCCCCGUUGUCUCCAGGUCUUGGGGGAUUGAGACUUUGGAGGAUUGUUUCUGACAGUAUCUACUCCAAUGUUUUGUUCCAUUCGGUCUUAAACAAAUCACUGAUGGAAACCAGCUGUUUGUUGAUGAAAGCCCCACUCUCUGUUAGGAAAAUGUCCUGUUACCCUAAUUGUUCUUUUCUUCAAUUUCACCCAGUUAUACCUACGUAUAAAUCUUUGGCCCAUCCUAAGCAAUUCAGUUCUUCCAAAUGCCCAAUCCAUUUUACUGCUCUUCUCCAGCACCCCUAUAAUUCACCUUUUCUGGUAGUGAAAUGCCAAGAUCUGAAAGCACCAUUCCAGGAGUGAUCUCUCCAAGAUUUCUAGCCAGCCCUGUCACCUCCCUGCUCUGGGACAGGACGGCUCUGCAGCCCAAAGGCAUGUUGGCUUUGUCUGCUAACACCUCACAUGGCAAACUCCCAUCUAAUGUGUGUGUUUCCCUCAAUCUCUAAAAAGUCAUUAAAGGAAUUUCAGUGUUUCAUAACUACGAAUUCCUAAAUCCUGCAUCUCAACAGUUCAUAUGUCCUCACCCUAUACUAGUGCAGAACGUUUAUACAGAGAUCAGUAAGUCAAAUCAUUAAUUAGCAUUUGUUCUUUACUGAUAUUACUUACUGAGAAAUCUGUACCAAAGACACCUUAUUGUGAAAACAUGUCUUAGGACACUGCUGUAGUAUAAACCUCUCAAAAUUAAACAAACGUUGUUUAGAGAUACAUCAGAAUUAUUUUAUAUUCUGUUUUGAUUUAUGAUGAAAUUGAGCAGGUAAUCCAUGGCUCUGAUGCACGAAAUAUUAGACAGUUGUAGUGAAAAAUAUAUGAAAUAAACAAAUUAAUGGUAAUUUUUACAUCCUGGUAGAGUGAGACUUUUUCUAAGUUACUGAUACAUUGGUUGCCAAAGCUUGGAGAAGACUGCGGGAGAUACAUGCCCUUUAAAGUGAGAGAGCCGAACGAGCCUUCUCUUUGUUCUUCGGAAGUAUUAGAAAAGGAAUAGUUUCCUGGUAACAAAUAUUAGAAUUGUACAUGCAAGAUCGGGUCUGGAUUCUGCUUUCUCGAACUCUAAAUUGGUUUGUCUUUAAAAACUAUGCUCACAGUUUGCACUUGUAUUUCAAUGAGUCACAAUAAAAUAUUUUCGUCUCUAUUUUA